AGGGGCCAGUAAUUGUGACGGACCAACAUGGCGGCAAAACCCAGCUAAUGCUACACAAGUGAAACAAAUAUGUGUAAUUAACCUAUUAUUAAUUACUUUUUCCAUAUGGGAAUGUUCACACCAAAUCGGGAAAACUUACCAGACAUUUUCGGUGUCCAUGACAACAUAUUCAGUUCUCUAAUAUCAAGCUAAAUUUAAUCUGACGACGUACAUGAACGUUAGCUAGCUUGUGCUAGUUCACUGUAGCUUCAUUAAGAGCCACUGGAAACACGUUGCUAGUUAACAGUUAGUUAUGUGGGGUGAAAUCGACCCAGCGGUUAAAACACAACCGUGCCUGAGUGAGACUAAAGGCAAGAGUGAGUUACCGGAAGAAGACCCGGUGACACGGUCCGAGAGAUGUGAUUUAAUCUACCCCACAGCCACCCAGCAGCCACGGGAGCACACCCAGCACGCAAGCCACGCUGAGUCCACGUGUGUAAAUGACAUGAUAGAGGCCGUAGCCAAGAGUGGGAGCCUGGUGAAGAGCCAGCAGCAAGGAGAGGCUGAGCUGAGCCUGAAGGAGCGCAGAGAGGAGCUGCUGCAGCAGUACAGGAGCAGACCCCUGGUGUUCCUGGAGAGGUACCAUGCCUGCCUCAAGCCCCAGGACCUGCCAGCGUUUGCCCACGUCAGCUCAGAUCCACGAGCUGCUCACUACAGCAAGGUGAUACAGAGACGAGCAGCAGGAUGCACCAACAGGACGAGGGUUCGAAACCACCGCUAUGCUGCCCUCAGAGCCCUGCAGAGGGAGGGUGAGUAUUUCAGUGAGGAGCAGAUGAGGAUGAGGGAGCCACUGCUGUAUGAACAAUAUAUUGGCCAGUACCUGACUGAUGAGGAGGUGUUUGAGCGCUCCCAGGAGGCCAUGCUGGACGAUGCACAGGGGGGACCAGGGGCACCGGCGAGAGGCACAGGAGGGCUCGCCCACCUCCUCCUCAACUCCUACCAGGAGCGUCUCAUCCAGAACCGGCUACAGGAGGAGCAGGAGAGAGAGGAGGGAGCACUGGAGGAGGAGGAGGAUGACGACGAAGAUAACACUGUCCAGCAGAAAGAAUGGGAGCCCACUGCAGAGGAGAAGGCUUUGCUCAAGGAAGAGUUCAUCAGUCAGAUGCAUCAGCGCUUCCUAGAUGGCAAAGACAAGGAUUUCAACUACAGUGAGGUGGACGAGAAUCCAGACUACGACAACUUGGACAUAGUCAGCAGAGAUGCAGAGGAUAAAUAUUUUGAUGAAGAUGAUGAUGAAGAGGAGGAAGACAUGACAGAAUAGUGGCUGUGGUUGUAACAAAUGUUUCACACUCACUGCUGUGACUGAAGUGUAAAUACAAAUGUACAAAAUAAGGAUGUGUUCUAUUUUUGACUGGUGAAUGCAAACGUGGCUGAUUACAAAUACUGUUGGAGUCUUCUUACAAAUAUAAAUAUGGUGUCCUUCUAACUAAAAGGCUAAAUGUCAGACUGA